UCGCUGCUCUUCCUGGGGGUGUUAGCUGCCAUUGGCCUGGGCCUGAACCUCAUCUUCCUCGCUGUUUACCUGGUGUGCACAUGCUGCUGCCGGCGGGACCACACAGCACAGACCAAGCAGCCCAACUCAUGCUGCGUGACCUGGACAGCCGUGGUGGCCGGACUCCUCUGCUGUGCUGCGGUGGGCGUUGGUUUCUACGGAAGCAGUGAGACCAACGAUGGGGUGCAUCAGCUGAUCUAUUCCCUGGACAACGCGAACCACACCUUCUCUGGAAUUGAUGAGCUGGUGUCUGGAAACACCCAGAGGAUGAAAGUGGACCUAGAACAGCACCUGGCCCGGCUCAGUGAGAUCUUUGCUGCUCGGGGCGACUACAUCCAGACCCUGAAGUUCAUGCAGCAGAUGGCGGGUAAUGUUGUCAACCAGCUCUCGGGACUGCCCGUGUGGAGGGACGUCUCUACACAGCUGACUGAGCUGUCCCACCAGACUGCCUAUGUGGAACACUACAGGUGGCUGUCCUACCUCCUUCUCUUUAUCCUGGACCUGGCCAUCUGCCUCAUCACCUGCCUAGGACUGGCCAGGCGCUCCAAGUGUCUCCUAGCCUCCAUGCUGUGCUGUGGAGUGCUGACCCUGAUCCUCAGCUGGGCUUCUCUGGCUGCUGACACUGCUGCAGCGGUGGGCACCAGUGACUUCUGCGUGGCUCCUGACAUCUACAUCUUGAACAACACACGGAGCCAGCUCAGCUCAGAGGUGACCCGCUACUACCUGCAUUGCAGCCAGAGUCUAAGCAGCCCCUUCCAGCAGUCGUUGACCGCCUUCCAGCGCUCACUGACCACCAUGCAGAUCCAAGUCGUAGGCCUGCUGCAGUUUGCCGUGCCCCUCUUCCCUACAGCAGAGAAAGACCUUCUUGGCAUCCAGAUUCUGCUAAACUCCUCUGAGACCAGCCUGCACCAGCUGACUGCCAUGUUGGAUUGCCGAGGACUGCACAAGGACUACCUGGAUGCCCUCACCGGUAUCUGCUAUGAUGGCAUUGAGGGCCUGCUAUUCCUUGGUCUCUUCUCUAUCCUGGCUGCUCUGGCUUUCUCCACCCUGACCUGUGCGGGGCCUCGGGCCUGGAAACACUUUAUCAACAGGGACAGAGACUAUGAUGACAUUGAUGACGAUGACCCUUUCAACCCCCAAGCUCGGCGCAUCGCAGCCCACAACCCGAUGAGGGGGCAGCUGCACAGUUUCUGCAGCUACAGCAGUGGCCUUGGCAGCCAGUGCAGCCUUCAGCCUCCCACCCAGACCAUCUCCAAUGCCCCUGUCUCCGAGUACAUGAACCAGGCCAUACUCUUUGGUGGGAACCCGCGAUACGAGAAUGUGCCACUCAUCGGGAGAGGUUCCCCUCCGCCCACAUACUCUCCCAGCAUGAGGGCCACCUACAUGUCCGUGGCGGAUGAGCACCUGAGACACUACGAGUUCCCAUCCUAGCAACUUUCAGGGUACCUGCCUCCUCCUGCCAGCUUGGUUUUCAGCUGAUGCAGGUCCAGCUGUGUUUCUAUAACAGAAACUGAAAAGUUCCUGGACUGGGAAGGUCCUGUGGCUGCAGAGACACAGCUGGGACACCUGACCAAAGCCACAGGUGGCUUAGAGACCCAUGACUCGACCAGCCUCUCUGGCCAAGCUCUCCAUCCUAGAACUCCAUCAGGACUCAGCUGCUGUCCCAGAACCAGCUACCUGGUUCAGCAACCCUAAGUCCCAUCCUCAGCAGAUGCGAAGUGGCAGUGAGGAGGGGGACCACCAGCCUAAGAGCUCUAUUGUCUCAAGGCCCUGCCUCUUGUUGGCAUGGUCCUAAGGCCAGGCCACACCUUCUAGUUACUCUGUCCUCGCUUCCUAGCAGGUGACAGUUGGAAGUGUUUAGGAAAACACGUGACCCAGGAACCAUGUUCUGAGACCACACAGACUCUGCCUAGGAUAGCAUUAAGAGUACUUCCCAGGGGGCUUGGUGGCUGCAAGCCAGGCACAGCAGCAUAGCAGCCUUGGGCAGGAGCAUGGGAGAAAGCCUGUCACAUUCUGCCUCUCUAACCUCCACCAGGCACGGGUCUCAGCUGUAGGUGGGGACAGUCUCAGGUAUGAACAGAUACUUGGAAAGCAGCUGAACUCUUGUUCCUGGUAUUUUUUAAAGACAUUUUGAUGAUCCAAAGACUCACAGGCACCUCCAAACAGGUUCAGGUCUUAUACCUGUUUCUAUACUUUCUCUCUCUCUUUCUCUCUCUCUCUCUCUCUCUCUCUCUCUCUCUCUCUCUCUCUCUCCUCCCCCCCCCCUCUCUCAUAAGCCAUUUUACAGAUCUGGAGGAGAGGCUGGGGAGUGGAUUGUGGGGUGUUUUUUUGUUUGUUUGUUUUGCUGCAGUCUCAUUAUAUAGCCCUGACUGGCCUUAGCCUAGAUAGAACUCACAGAGAUCCACCUGCCUCUGCCUUCAGAGUACUGGGAUUAAAGGUGUGCCACCACACCAGUCCAGGAGCAGUUUUUUGGCUUUUCCGGACAGGGUUUCUCUGUGUAUCCUUGGCUGUCCUGGAACUCCCUCUGUAGACCAGGCUGGCCUUGAAUUCAGAAAUCCACCUGCCUCUGCCUCCUGAGUGCUGGGAUUAAAGGCAUGCACCAUCAUACCCAGGCCAUCUUUUUAAAUAAAGAUUGGUGAGACAUCCUGUCCCAGGUGGCUGGAGAAGGAUAUCUAGGGCAAUGUAAAGGAAGAGACAUGGUAGCCAAGAAGACCAAGGAGCUUUCUCUAUUCUGAAGAACUGCCAUUUUCUGGCUAGGAGAAAAUAAUGACCCCUGUCCUGCCAGCUGAGGGACCAGGUUAGGCUAUUUGGUGCUUCCAACCUCCUGCCAAUCCAGAGUACAGAACACACUGAAGCCCCCAUGGCCUUGCACACCUAAGCAGGGCCUGUGAUAGUGUAUGACAGGGUUGUUUCUAUCUCAGAAGCCUCAUCAUCAUCACACUGACAGCUCCCAGCCAAACCACCAGGCGCCGGCCUCACUGUGUCUCCUAUAACCCGUGAAUACUGUGAGCCAUCUUUCUGCAUCUGUGUGCUGUGCAAAUCUUGGGCUGACCUCAAGGCACUGCUUCUAAUGUCCCUCUGCAGCAGCUGAAGGACUUUUUAACGCAUGUACAUUAAACUAAAACUCCUCUCGGUUCUACAGGAGUCGGGUGGGCAAACUUCUGCUUGAUACAUUUCACCCUCACCUGAGCCAAGAAAUAAACCAGGUCUCUUAAGAUGUG